AUGGCUGAUCGAAUGAAACGGCUACGUAAAGAGCUACAGAAACUGAAGGAUGGGAUAUUGCCUCUUAAGGGAUCUGGACAUCGGCAUGCAGUUACGCGCAAUCUUUCCAGUGUUCGUGUCGGCCCACAGAGUACUCUUUUUAGAGGUCAGAGUACUACUCUUCAGCAUGCGGGCGCAGAGUACUCUUUUAGAGGUCGAGUACUACUCUUCACAUGCGAGCCCGCAGAGUACUCUUUUAGAGGUCCCCCUCUGACUACUCAGCCUCGUUUCCGUAUUGGUGGCGCAUCCAUUGGUGCCUCUAUCCGUCCUGAGGCAGUUGCAUCGUCAUCAGGUACUAGCAGACGGUCUAAGGUUUCUACCGAAGAAACUGAUGAUUGGGUUGUGACAGGCGACGUACCUGGCGGGCCAUGUGAUGGGUCAGUGAUUCUUAGUUUUCUUGGCCACACUGCUUAUCAGUUGUGGAAUGGAGAACCAAGAGAUUACCUGACGAUGAAGCCAGCGAAGAAGAGUUUGUCUAGAUUGCAUGGAUGGUAUGUGAGGUUGCCGGAGAACGCACAGUUGCAGAUUCAAAAUACCGCCUCGACACUCUUCCUUGACAGGAGUGGGGGCAGGAUCAGUGCUUCGCUUAUGAAUGAGCUGCAUGGAGGUAUCGACAAUAUUGGAGAGUACUCCUGGGGAUCCGGUACACUAGCAUUCCUCUACCGUCAGCUUGGUAUUGCUAGUCGAGCAGGGUGUACCACGAUGGCUGGUUGUAUGACCCUUCUCCAAGCAUGGAUAUAUGAGUAUUUUCCAUGCUUCCAGCCCUCCAAGAGGCGAGGACGUCGAGGUGUUGAUGGUUGGCCCAGAGCCCGAGACUGGACACCAGUUAGCUAUAAGGGCCCGAAGCCUAUUCAUAGUCCUCUCCAGCAGAUUCGUACGCAGCUCGACGCGAUGACUGAGCAAGAGGUCGAAUGGGAGCCAUUUGGUCGCGAACAGGCGGCAGCAUAUCCGAGGACCAUCUUCAGUGGGUGGAUUAUGUACCACGACUUCCAGGAGCCAUACAUGCCGGAGAGAGUGAUACGCCAGCUCGGUUACGUGCAGUACAUACCUCGUGCGCCGCUCACGCCAGUAACUCAGUUUUGCGGAAAAAAUGCGCACAAGUAUUUAGUUGAUCGUCCGAUUGCCGAGAUAUAUAACUGUUGGGUUAGAUUUUCGGAUUCGGAGUGCAUCAACCUUAGUCAUUGUGUGCCGGUAUCGUCCACUGAGGUAGGACAGGUAGCUGUAGAUUACCUCGACUGGUACAGGAGCCAUUCACAUCCAUUUCUACUGCCGGAGUCCGUACCGUCUACAUCACGCAUCCCAGGGAAGAACUGCACCACUUACGUAAGUUCAACUCUAACUGGAAUACCCUUUGUUUAA